UCCAUAACAAACAAUCGUUAUCUUCCUCGUCCGAAGUGGCGACGUCACUUUCAGGGCCAGAGAAUACUAACACGAACCAGUUUCAUCUGAUAGUUAACUCCGUUCUACCAAGUAGCGAGAUAAAGUACUCGCCACUGAAUGAGUUGCCCUGCUCUUGCCCAGAACCGGAAGUUACGAUUCUGCAACGAAUAUCAGAUAACGCACACCAAUAUGCUUCCGUAUUUCUUGUUUAUUAGACACACACGCAUAAUUUUAAACCGCAGAUAGUUAGGUACUUUAUUGUCAUUUUUUUUUUCUUCUUUCUCUCUUUUUUCUUUUUUCAUUCAUGAUUUAUCCAUAAAUUCAUUCAUUAUCCCACACGCAGAGGCCCACCCACACCGACGCGUGUGCCUGUGCUUGUCCGCCCAAGUACAUUCACCCAGCGCCAGAUGCAUUCAUUAAAUCCGACCUAUUACAGUAUGUCUUCAUCGCCUAAAAAGACACGGGACCUUGAGAGUGAAAUGCUUCUCCCUGCACGAGGAGUUGCGACCCUGGCUCGAGGGUGACGGUAUAUAAGGACUUGGCAAGAGUACUGGCUGCACAUACUCCUCAAUCCAUCAUCAUGCUCGUGUUCGUGCUAGUGAUCGCCGCGCUGUCGGGCUUGGCUGCCAGCGCGCCCGACGGCAGCAGCAGCUACUCCUCCCUCGGCCUCGGCGCCGCCCACCACAAGGGCAAGGGCGGCUUCCACGGCGGCCUGAGCACCAGCUACGGUCCGCCGCCCAAGCACUUCGCGGGGGCCGGCCUCUCCGGCGGCGGCGUCGGCCUGCUCGACGGCGGGCUUGGCGCAGGCCCUGUCGGCGGCCUCGGCGGAGGGGCCUUCGACGGCCUGGGAGGAGGGAGCCUUGGCGGACUUGGCGGCGGAGCACUCGGUGGACUAGGAGGACCUGUUGGUGGACUCGGCGGUGGAGCCCUCGGUGGACUAGGAGGGUCGCCGGUUGGUGGCUUCGGCGGAGGGGCUCUCGACGGAUUCGGAGGAUCCGUAGGUGGACUUGGAGGCGGUUUGGGAGGAGCGCCCAUCGGUGGAUUCGACGGAGUCGGUGGAUUUGGCAGUGGAGCAAUUGGUGGCUUGGGCGGAGGUGCAGUUGGUGGCCUGGGAGGAGCUCCCAUUGGUGGACUCGGUGGAGCUGGUGGAUUCGGUGGAGUUGGUGGAUUAGGUGGAGCUGGUGGAUUCGGUGGAGUUGGUGGAUUAGGUGGAGCUGGUGGAUUCGGUGGAGUUGGUGGACUCGGCGGAGCUGGUGGAUUCGGCGGUGGACUAGGAGGAGGAAGCCUUGGUGGAGGAUCAUUUGAUGGACUUGGCGGGCCGGUUGGCGGACUGGGCGCCGAUGGCUUUGGAGGAGGCCUGGGCGCGGGAUCUUUCGCUGGAACGGCGUCGCUUCGGCGGUGGGUCCUUCGGCGGGGCCUUCGGCGGGCAGGCGCAGGGGGCCCCUCUCGGCGUUGGGUCCUGGGAGGUGGAUCCUUCGCCAGACGCUUCGGCGGGCCUCCUUCUAGGGUCCCUGGGGUCCCUUUGUGCACGCUCGCAGCUGUUUCCUAGGGUAGGAGCGCCUCUGGCUGUCUGCGCCGAAGGCCACUUGUUGUUACGGAAGAAAUUCUUUAUUUUGCAUUUGAUAAAAUACAGACUAAAAUACUUAAAA